AUGGAAAAACCAAGCGACCACUGGCAGGGCUUUGCUAGUCUGGCUCCAGGUUCAGACAGAUAUAAGCGAAUCCAGCUCCUCUCCUCGGCAAACUUCGAAUAUCUCAAGGCGCGCGGAAUAGAGUCCCGCAAGAAGCAUCAACCGGGCUUACCCUCCGAUGUCAAAUGCAGCGUCAAUCUGACACAUUUCACAUCUGGUUUCAAUAAUGUCGUCUUCGAACUUGCAUUCUCAGACAAUGUGUACUGGAUAGCCCGGAUCCCGCACCAGUGCCAGACCGAGAGUGAUAAGACCUCAUUAGCAAGCGAGAUUGCCACAAUGAAGAUGAUUCAAGAACACACAACUGUCCCGAUCCCCCAGGUUUUCGACUUUCAAACGUCCGCGGACCAGCCCUUUGGCUAUCCAUAUGUUUUCAUGGAGUACUUGGGCGGCCGUACCCUUCCAAAUGGGCUGGCGAGAGCUAUACCUUCCCAGCACCAUAAUAAAGUAGCCAGGCAGCUUGCAAAUGUUUUUGCACAACUCCAAAAUCUUACCUUCAGCCGCAUCGGGCGUCUCUGGUGUGGCGAAAAUGCUGAUCAGCCCGUCAAGAUCAUACCCAUGGCCUGGCACGCGACGCCUGGCCCGUUGGAAACCUCGCUGGAAUACUUCUACAAUCAAAAACAGGAUGAAAACAGGGAAGCCAUUUCCAUGCAUCCGGAUGACCCAAACUGGCGGACUGCUUGUUGGGUGCUGAAAACAGCGCUAACCCACAUGAUUAUUGAGGACAGAGUCCGCGGCCCCUUUCCCCUCUGUCACCUCGACCUGCAUUUCGGUAAUAUGCUUUUUGAUAACGACUACAAUCUUACGGGAAUCAUUGAUUGGAGCAGUGCCCAGGCUGCCCCCCUCGAGCAGUUGUCGGUCUGCCCGGAAUUUGUCACCUUUCCUGGAUUAUCAGCAGAGGAGAAUCAACCCAUUGUCGACCUGAAGAAGCUUGUUGUAGAAUCUAUAAUGAAAAUGGAGAGCAAUCAAGAAUGGAGGCCACCCAUGGAUAAUCCAGGAGCAAACAUGGUGCUGAAAGCGAAUAUGACACGCCUUUCCACUUACAUGGCUUCUAAGAGCGCAGAAAUCACUCAUCGUCAUUACAUGGCUUCUUCAAGGAAAAGCCUUUUCGGUGGCAAGGCAGUUGCAAAGCUCAUUUACGGGAAGAGCGUCACUUGGGAACAGCUGACGGAGGUAUAUGGCACCAUGCCGCUCUCCUAG